AUGCAGCCUGCGGCCUCUGCCCAAGCCGCGUCGCAUUCUGCGGGAGAGAUUCAGGCGAGGGGCGGUGGCUGCGGCGAGGAGGAGGAGGAGGAGGAUGAAGCGAUGCAGUUGCUGACCAUCGUAACCGCAGACGGAGAGCAGCAUCCUGUGCAGCAGCAGCAGGGUCUGCAGCAGGGGCUGCAGCAGCAGCUGCAGCAGUUGCAGCAGCAGCUCCCGGCGGUGCAGCAACAUCUCCUGCUGUCGCAGCAGCAGCAGCAGCAGUGGAUGGAGAAGCUCUGGCAGCAGCAAUUCCAGCACAUGCAGCAGGUGCAGGAGCAGCUCCAGCAGGUGCAGCGGCAACAGGAGCUUGUGCAGCAGCUGCAGCAGCAGGAGCAGCUCCUGGAUGUGCAGCAGCAGCAGCAGCUGCUGCAGGAGCUGCAGAAGAAGUAUCAGCUCCAGGAGGUGCAGCUGAUGCGUCGGUUCAAGCAGCUGCACCAAAUGCAGCAGGAGCAUUUCCAGCAGUUGCAGCAGUUCAAGGAGUGGCAGGAGCUGCAGCGGCAGGCGCGGAAAAUACAGCGGCAGCUCCGGGAGGUGCGCUCGCUGCUCCAGACCUCCCGGCGGCUGGUGCGGAUGCGUGUGGAGCUUCUGCAGGAGGCGCUCGACACCCGAGGAGACGCGUUGCUGGCGGAGUUCGAAGCCUCCAUCCCAGACUUUGUGAGGCGCGCGGAGGAGCUGGCGAAGCAAGUGGACCCGCGCCGGCUGGUCGUGACCCUGGCCUGGCAGGUUCUCACCGCGGGGCCCAUGAGCUGGGGCUGCGUGCUGUCCAUGGUGGUGUUUUGCGCGCUGCUCGUCAAGAACCUGAGGGCCUCCGGUCGUCUGGGCGACUCGGAGGAGACUUGGCCCUUGACGGACGCGGUGGCCGCUGUGCUGUUGACCACAUGCAAGACCUGGCUCAUGGAACAGGGAGGCUGGGAAGCCCAUCACAUCGGGGAAGCUCGCUUGGACGCUGACUCGACGCUUCCUGAAGGACGAUUGGAGGAAGCUUUGGACGGUUUCGGUUGGCGUCCACCGCCCGACACGUCCGGCUCGGAGCUGGCGCCUUCCCCGCCGGCGCCGCCCCGGCAAGCGGAAGCGCUGCCGCACGAGCUCCACGCCCUCGCGCAGCCGGUGCCCCUUGGGCGACGACGACCGAGCUGCGUUCCUCGGGUGCCGUCGGUGGUCGGAGGAGGCGCUGUCGCCGUCGUCGCCGUGGCCGCCCCGCAGGUCCGCCGACUUGUGCAGGGAGCCGGCCCAGCUGCCGUGGCCGAGCUUGCAGAUGCGCGCCUCCCGCUGCUGGUACCGGGGCCCGCCCAGCUCGCCCGGCCGCCAGCCCAGGGCGCCGGCCGUUGGCUCGGCCGCCGCGCUCCACCGGCCGGCGCCGCGCUGCGGGCGCAGGUCCGUGGAGACGGAGGUCAGGGCGCGGCGCCGGAACUCGUGCUCCCCGUUGGUGGACUGCUGCUGCUGCUGCUGCUGCAGGUUUGGCGAUUUCCCGCGACGAUCGCCGGCGCCAGGAUGGACGUGGGGGCCAGACGCUCUCCACCGCCGCUCGGCAUCGUCACCGCCGUCAUGGCCGUCGUCGUCAUCGUCGUCGUGGUGGCGGCGCGAGGUGUCAUAGUGAGCGAUGGACGCGGGCCGCACCAGCGCGGGCAGCGCACCGCCGCCGCCGCCCACCGCCGAGCCCACCGCGCCGCCCGCCCCGCCGCCGACACCGUACGCCGUGGCCGCCGGGACGGGCACUGCUGGUUCAUACCGCACGCUCAGGUUGGCGCGGGCAGCCUCCGCCUUCCUCUCGCGCCUCUGCAGCAGCGCGGCGAUGUAGGCGGUCGCCUUGUCGGCGCCGAGUGGCGCCGCUACGGUCGCGGUCACCUCGUCGUCCGCGCCGGCGUCGUCGUGGCGACGGUGGCGGCGGGCGCCAUCGCUCAUCGGAGGAGGUUUUCCGUCGGGCGACGCGGCGGCGUCGCGGUCGUCGCCGGCGCCUCGCCGGUGCAGGAAUGCGGAGCUCUGCAUGGCGACGGCGUGCAGCGGGCUCGGGUAGCGGUACACCUCGGAGCUGUCCCGCGAGCGCAGGUCGCAGUGGAAAUGCGGGUCGGGGUCACGACCCGGGGCGGAGGUCACGAGGUCGGCGAGCCCGACCGGGGACGUCCGCGCGUCUGA